UUGGCUUACAGGUUACAGGCCAUCAGCAGAGCAAGCCAAGGCAGGAACUCAAAGACAGAAGCCGAAGCAGAGGCCGUGAAGGGGUGCUGCUUACUGGCUUACUCCUUACAGUGUGCUCGGCCUGCUUUCUUACACCACUCAGGACCACCACCCUAGGGGUAGCGCCACCCACAAUGGGCUGGGCCCUCCUGCAUUAGUCAUUAAUCAAGAAAAUUUCAGCAAUGGCAGGAAGAUCUCUGUGAGUUUGAGUCCAGCCUGGUCUACAGAGUGAGUUCCAGAACAGCCAGAGCUACACAGAGAAACCCUGUCUCAAAACAAAAUAAAUGAAAAGAAGAGAGAAAAUGUCCCUACAGACUUACCUACAAGACAAUAUAUUGGAGGUCUUUUCUCAACAUAGGUUCUUCUUUCCAGAUAACUCUAGCUUGUUUUAAGCUGACAAAAACAAAACAAAACAAAACAAAAAAACACUAGCCAACACACACACACACACACACACACACACACACACACACACACAGAAACCAGACCAAAGAGGAGAGUUGGCCUGGACUGCUUAGGCUAUCCAAGAGGAAAGAUGAAAAACUGUUUCCAGAAUCCUACCUGGGCUCUCGAACCCUGACACCUCACACUUACUUCAACUUACCUGGUUUAGUCCUACUGGGCACCUGGGCAGGGAUGAGCUCUCAGAUGACCUCCCUACAGGAUCCAGGGUUGGGAACAUGGCCCUGAGAGGAGCCUGUGUCCCAUAGCAAUGCUUUUCAUCACUUUAUGACAAGGUAGGUGUGGCUCUGGUUUCCAAGACAAGUGGCCAAGCUACUCUGUGACAAAGAGCCACACCCUUCCCCUGGGAGGGGAAUAGAGCUGUGGGCAGCUGUCUCCUUGGGAGGACACGGUAGGUGGCUGAGGAGGAUGUUGUGCCUGGGUUCCCUCCUCCCCGUGGGCUCACUCCUCCUCCUCCUCCUCAGCCCUGAGGCCCGGGGAGAAUACGGCGUGGUCCGCAUCGUGUCAAAGAAUUGGAGCAAGGACUAUUGUGUCUUGUACAGCUCCGACUACGUCACUCUCCCCCGGGACCUGCACCAUGCCCCACUCCUGCCUCUGCAUGAUGGCACCAAGACACCAUGGUGUCCGGAUGAGGACUCCUUCCACCAGGCCCAGGACAGCUCCCCUAGACAGCAACCCCUCCACCAGACUACUACCAUGGUGAUGCGUGGUAACUGCAGCUUCUACACCAAGGGCUGGCUGGCUCAGGGCCAAGGUGCCCAUGGGCUGCUCAUUGUGAGCCGGGCCAGCAAUCAACAGUGUUCAGACACCAUCUCCAAGCCCCAGGACCCCAGCAAACCCCGGCCUGCCCUCACCAUCCCGGUGGCUGUGCUCCGCUAUACCGACCUGUUGGACAUCCUCAGACACACUCACGGUGACACCAAUAUCCGUGUAGCCAUGUAUGCUCCCCUAGAGCCCAUCAUCGACUAUAACAUGGCAGUUAUCUUCAUACUGGCUGUGGGCACUGUUGCUGCAGGUGGCUACUGGGCUGGCCUGAUGGAGUCAGACCAGCUGCAGAGGCACCAGGCCCAAGGAGGAGGGGGGUUUGGUGGUCACAAUCAGCCUCAAGCGGGGGUAGCUGAGAGGUUCCAGAGGGCCCGGGAAGAUGAAGACGAUGAUGAUACGUCUGUGGAUUUUACACCAGCCAUGACGGGCGCUGUGGUCACCAUGUCCUGCUCCAUCAUGAUUCUGCUUUACUUCUUCUAUGACUGCUUUGUCUACGUCAUGAUCGGGAUCUUUGGUCUGGGUGCCAGUACUGGCCUCUACAGCUGCCUGGCACCCAUAGUGCACCACCUGCCCCCAUGGCAAAACCAAUGGGCACUGCCUGACCGCCGGGCUUAUAUGAAGCUGCCAUUACUACUGCUGGCAGGCCUAUGUGCCAUGGUGACUCUUCUCUGGGUCAUCUACCGCAACGAGGACCGUUGGGCAUGGCUCCUGCAGGACACCUUGGGUGUUGCCUACUGCCUUUUUGUGCUGAGGCGGGUGCGGCUGCCCACGCUCAAGAACUGCACCUCCUUCCUGCUGGCCCUGCUGGCCUUCGAUGUCUUCUUUGUCUUCGUCACACCCCUCUUCACCAAGACUGGCGAGAGCAUCAUGGUGGAAGUGGCGUCAGGCCCAGCAGAUUCUUCAAGCCAUGAGAGGCUGCCCAUGGUGCUCAAAGUGCCCCGACUGAGCUUCUCAGCUUUGACAUUGUGUGACCAGCCUUUCUCCAUCCUUGGCUUUGGUGACAUCGUCGUCCCCGGUUUCCUGGUGGCCUACUGUCACCGCUUUGAUGUGCAAAUCCACUCUCGCCAGGUCUACUAUAUGGCCUGUACAAUGGCCUAUGCCAUAGGCCUGCUGGUCACCUUCGUUGCCAUGGUCCUCAUGGAGAUGGGCCAGCCUGCUCUGCUGUACUUAGUGUCUAGCACCCUGCUUACCAGCCUUGCCGUGGCCGCCUGUCGCCAAGAGCUUACCCUUUUCUGGACUGGCCAGGGCAGAGCCAAGAUCCCUGCUGGGCCUGUGGCAAAGCCCUCCAUUGCUUCUGCGGUAAGCUCCAAGCUGAAGCUGGAGGGUGUGACAGAUUCCCAUAGAACCAACGGGUUUGAGGAGGCCGCCGACCAAGAGUCAAGGGACUUAGACAGCAACCUUGGGGAUGACAUGUCAGAGAUGGUCACCCUCUCUGAGGACGAAGCCACAAGUCCAGAGGGCCACAGUGAGAGCUCCGAAGGCUGGAGUGAUGCCAACUUGGAUCCUGGGGAGCCAUCCCCUGGCUCCCCCAUGGCCGUGGAGGAGCUGAUGCCUCUGGCCAUGUUGAUACCACUGAUCCCACCAAUGCCACCCCCCUCAGAGCUGGGUCGCAUCCACACCCAGGCUCAGGUCCACGAUGCCAGCCUGCCCUGGAUGGGGCUGCAUAGGAGAAAGGGCUUGAAAGUGAAGAAGUGCCCAUCAACCCAAGCUCCCCUAUGAACAGAGCUCCCUGGGACCUGGACCUCUCAAAGGACUUCCAGAACACUGAACAGCAAAGCCAGACAGGAUAGGAGAUCGGGCAUUAGAGAAACUCCCUAUCUUCCUCUGGAGUCUCUUUGCUUAUUAGGACUGUAAGAUAACAGUAGCACAGACUAAGUCUAUGCAAAGUUGGGAAGGUCCCUGUGGGCUGGUGGCACCUCCAAAUUGUGCAGAGGGGGAAACUGGGGCUCAGGGAGGUCAUGUGACUUGCACAGGUCCACUCAAGAUUUGCCUCCCCCACCCCCAGAGUUCCCUGGGCAGCUACUUGCCCUUUCUUUGCCUGCCUGGCUCCUUGAGCCAAAACCCCCAACCCCUUAAUCUGGCACAUAGCUACCCAUCCCAUUUUCUCCACCUCUAAUGUCAACACCCCAUUAUGACUUCCUGAUCCCUUCACAUUCUCCUCAUCUCAAUUUGCACUUGCUGUUCCCACUAACUGGAUGCCUUUCCUGUCACAGAAAGACCCCAACCCUAGGAAAUCGGGAGGCUUCCUUCCAAACUCAGCUCACAUGGGUUUGCUGAACCCCUCAGCUCAAGGCCCAGACAUCAACACUCAGCCCCAUCCCUGAGACAUUGAAAUGCCCCUGCUGUGUGUCUCCUGAGGUAGCAGGCAUAGGAGGAGGACCCUGACAUCCAGAAGAAGAAUAGGAGUGUAGGGCAGGUAAUAACUUAAAGCCAGGAGUGCAGGGAGCCGGGGCUGAGAUGAAAAGCUUUACAGACCACGGGCCAGUUGCCACUGGCUCUGAGUAAUGACAGGGUUCUGCAGAACUCAGAGGUCCCAUCUGCAAAAUGUGGCUUAUAGUACUGUAUCCUCUGAAGCAGGGGCAUUGACAAGAUGAUCUCCGUAGGACUCCACAAGGUUUUAGACCAUGUGGUGUGUUUAAAAGCUGCUUGAUCAGAGCAGCUAGACCGUAGAAUGAGAGAAGACCUUCUGAAAGAGGCCCUGUUGGGGGGUGGGGGGAGGGGGUCAUGUCCCAAGGGGCAGUGCUGCAAGGCUGUUAGUCGUAGAGCUGGAGAUCUCAGCUCCACACUGACUUAGAGUAUGUCACUUAGGGGAGACUGACCCUCUCCAUGCUCAGCUUGCUUAUCUGUAGCAUGGGAUGAGCAAUAUGCUCUAUUGCGGGACUGUCAAUAGGUUUGGAACGGUGUCUGUCUGGUGGCCAGCACGAAGCAGGGAGGAAGAGCUGCAGGCUUCCUUCCUUCCUUCUUUCAUGAAGUGCUCUGACCUUGUUCAUAUCAGUGUACCCAUAACUCUGGUUUUCUUGUCCUUUGGAGUAGAGUUCAGCUUUGUGAGGGCGAGGACUCUGUCCUCUUUGUUCAUAGGUAUAUUUCUGAG